GAAAUUCAGACAAAACAUUUUGAGGAAACUGGAGAAGUGAGAUAAUUAGAGAGAUGACGGAAAACGGCGUCGUUACAGGAGGUGGAGGCACUGUUAUGGUGGGCGUAAAGUUCGAUGAGUCGAGCAAUGAGCUGCUUGACUGGGCUUUGGUUAAGGUUGCUGAACCGGGUGAUACUGUAAUCGCUCUUCAUGUACUCGGCAAUGAAAUCGUUGAUAGAGCAGAGAACUCUUCGCUUAUCUCCCUUGUUAAAAACUUUGACUCUGUUCUUCAAGUCUAUGAAGGUUUCUGCAAAUUGAAACAGGUGGAAUUGAAGCUGAAAUUAUCCCGGGGUUCUUCUACUACUAGAAAGAUUCUAGUUAGAGAAGCAAAAUUGUGUUCUGCGUCCAAAGUUGUAGUUGGGAUCUCCAGACGUUUCCAUACAAUUCAUUCAUCUGUUUCCGUGGCUAAGUACUUAGCCAGGAAAGUAUCAAAAGAUUGCUUGGUUCUGGCCGUUGACAAGGGGAAAGUCAUGUUUCAGAAAGAUGGUUCCUCAUCGAUCAUUCAUCAUUCUAAAGGUAAAAGUGAUUCUCGUAGGAAUACUUUGUCUAGUUUCUUUCAGAUGCCUGUCACAUUGAGAAAGAAUACCAAGGUAGGAAACCAUUCUGAGGUGGAAGAGGAAGAGGCGGAGGAGGAUCAUUCCAAUGGCCAGAGUCUUCGGCGGUCUUUAGUGUAUGCAUGCCUUGGGAAUUGCUCGGUUCGUGAUAUGAAUUCUCUGCCUUCUCCUGAAAAUUUAUCUCGCUCUUCUAGUUGUGAUGGUGAUCAAGAUGAUAAUGCUGAUUUCCACAAGGCAAUGGCACUUGUGCCCGCAAAAUUUCCAGAAGAUUUGACCCCAUUCAUUACAAUGCUGGUAAAGGAACUGCCUGAAUUUAGACCAGGUUGGCCUUUGCUUUGUCGUGUAGCUUCUUCAGAUGUAUUAGCUUCUGCUCCGCGAAGUUCUUCGUUCAGAAAGAUACCAGUUGUUCAGUGGGUGCUGAAGCUGCCCUCUAGGACCAAUUCUGUUGUUGGAAGUUCAGACACAAAGCAGAUUGGUUUUGAUUCUUCUGAAUCUGAAGAUAAUGAUAAGUUGUCUAGCUCAAACGCUGAAAGCAAAGCAAUUGUUCCCGGUGAUUCUAUGAUCAUGAAAAGUUCUCUUGAUCAUACCUCUGGUAGAUUUCCAGAGAAUGUAGAGGGUCUUCAGGAAAGGAUCUCCACAUCUUGCCAGGUUUUUAAGUACAAGGAACUUGUGUCGGCGACAUCCAAUUUCUGUGCUGAUAAUUUCAUCGGAAAAGGAGGCAGCAGCCGGGUUUUUAGAGGUUAUCUGCCCAAUGGAAGAGAGGUUGCAGUGAAAAUUCUCAAACAAACCGAGUGUGUCUUGAAGGAUUUUGUGGCAGAGAUUGACAUUAUCACAACCUUACACCAUAAGAACGUUAUUUCCCUUUUAGGUUAUUGCUUUGAAAACAAUAACCUGUUACUGGUAUACAAUUAUCUCUCAAGAGGAAGCCUUGAAGAGAAUCUUCACGGCAACAAAAAAGACCUGGUUGCAUUUUAUUGGAACGAGAGAUAUAAGGUGGCAGUGGGAAUAGCUGAGGCGUUGGACUAUCUGCAUAACAGUGCUCCACAACCUGUCAUUCACAGAGAUGUUAAGUCAUCAAACAUAUUAUUGUCUGAUGAUUUUGAGCCACAACUUUCUGAUUUUGGGCUUGCAAAGUGGGCGUCGGAAUCCACAACUCAAAUAAUCUGCUCUGAUGUCGCAGGCACCUUUGGCUACUUAGCUCCAGAGUACUUUAUGUAUGGUAAGAUGAACAAUAAGAUAGAUGUCUAUGCAUACGGUGUUGUACUCCUUGAGCUUCUUUCUGGAAGAAAACCGAUUAAUAGCGAAUCUCCAAAGGCCCAAGACAGUCUUGUUAUGUGGGCGAAGCCAAUUCUGGAUGAUAAAGAAUAUUUGCAGCUAUUGGACUCUAGUUUGCAAGAUGACAACAAUGGCGACCAGAUGGAGAGGAUGGCGUUAGCAGCCACUCUUUGUAUAAGACAUAACCCUCAAUCUAGGCCAACGAUGGGAAUGGUCUUAAAGCUUCUUAAAGGUGAUGCAGAGAUGCUAAAAUGGGCAAAGCUACAAGUGAGUAACCCUUUAGAGGAUUCAAAGCUACUCAAGGAUGAGCUGCGGAGGUCUAAUCUGCAGUCACAUCUAAACCUAGCAUUCCUUGACAUGGAAGAUGACUCUCUUUCCAUGGGGAGCAUGGAGCAAGGCAUCUCCGUGGAGGAGUAUCUUAAAGGCAGGACAAGCCGUUCAUCAAGCUUCAACUGAGCCAUUUUUUGUUCACUAGAACAAAUCACAAUUGCAAUACUCUCCAAUGUGAGAUGGUGACGAAAAUGGAUUCUCUUGUGUGUGAGUGUAAGUGUAUAUUUAAGAAAAGGUGUUUCUUAUCAUUUUCAUGGCCUCAUGGGUGGUGGAUGAGAGGUGGAUUUGUGGGUUUUAUUGGCCCUCCUCCCUCCCUUGGUUUUGGGGAUAUAAUCAUAGCUUUCAAUAGUUUGGGGUGUUCUAUGCAAUUUCUUUACUUUGUUGGGGCAUCAGAGACAUGUAAUUUGUAUUCCUUGAUCCUAAUGGAUCAAAGUGAAUUUUAUUGUCUUGUAAUGCUCGAACGUGUCUCACUGUUAUCAAUAGAUUAACAUUAUCUUG